AUGGCUACCCCUAGUGUUCUCGCUUUUGACGCUGAGGGUCGAGCCGUAGACUUCGAGGUCUGGCUAGACGACCUGCAAUUGUUUUUACAGUGCGAUAGGGCGGACGGUCUGUCUCUCUUUGACCUCACCUCUGGCGCCGUCCCUUCCCUUGCUGCUGAUGCUGACGCCACUGUUCGCUCGCAGUGGGCCACGCGCGAUGCUGCUGCACGUCUUGCUGUGCGUCGCCACUUGCCUACCGCUGAGCGCGCGCACUUUAGCCAGUACAAGAGUGCCCAGACCUUGUACGACGCUGUAGUUGCGCGCUACUCCUCCCCUGCCACUGCUGCACUGAGCCGCCUCAUGCUCCCCUUCCUCUUCCCUGACCUUGCCGCCUUUCCCACUGUCGCUGAUCUCAUCACGCACCUCCGCACUAGUGACACUCGCUACCGCGCUGCGCUUCCUGCUGACUUCUGCGCCAAGAACCCCCCCCCGAUGGGUGUUCUCCUUCCCCUCUCCUGCCCUCUGUCGCCUCUGCCGCUGCGGCCGACCUCGUUGGUCUUGAGUCGGUCGGUGCGGCGUCUGCCCCUAGCGGGAGACGCCGCUCUGGCAAGGGCAAGGGGGCCAAGGGAGCGGGUGGGGCCAGUGGGGGCGGUGGAGGUGGAGGUGGAGGCGGCGGAGGGAGUGGGAGUGGCGGUGGAGGUGGUAGCGGGGGUGGGGGUGCUAGUGGCGGCAGUGGAAGCGGGGGUGGCGGCGGCGGUGGCGGUAGUAGCGGAGGUGGCGGAGGUGGCGGCGGUGGAGGCGGAGGCGGGGGAGGUGGAGGCGGAGGCGGGGGUGGCGGAGGUGGAGGUGGUAGGAGUGGACCUUCGCAGCGGAGCGGCACUAGGGGAGGUCAGCGCCAGCAGCAGCAGCAGCGUUCUCGCGACGUCCCCACCCCUCAGCAGCUCCGUGAGUGUGUGGGAGCACCCACACCGCCCAGCGCUGCUUUGGCCGCCUGACGGACGCUUGGCGCCAGCAGUUCCCGGAGGCCGCGGAGAUCCCCUCUGGGGAGAGCUGUCUAGGGCUGGUGUAGCUAUCUUUGAUCUUGAUUUUGAUGCUAUCCUUGCUGCCAUGUAUGCUGUGACCAUUAGUGAUGAGGGUGACUGUUACCGGUGUUUCCCGCCCGACCCGGGCAUUGGUACUGCUGCUCUAGGUGCCGGUGAGGCUUCUGCUCUAGGUGCCAGUGCGUCUGUGCUCUCAGGUGCUGGUGAGGCUGCUCUCUCAGGUACUAGUGCGUCUGCACUCUCAGGUACUGCGUCGGCUUCGGCCUCCCACACCUUCACUCUUGACUCUGGAGCGUCUCGCUCUUUCUUUCGGGACCGCACCACACUCACGCCGCUUAGUCGGCCGGUUGCGGUUUCCCUGGCUGACCCCUCUGGGGGUCCUGUCCUGUCUCGCUUCUCCACAGUCCUCCCGUGUCCGGCGGCUCCCUCUGGCACCCUGUCUGGUCUCUACCUCCCCUCGUUCUCUACGAACUUGGUGAGUGGUGCUGACCUACAGGAUGUGGGAGUCCACCAGUUCACCCCUGCUCGUCAUCGAGUGACGCACUGGACAGAGGCUAGCACGAGUCGUCACCUGGCUACGUUUACCCGUCAGCCGGGGUCGAGCCUGUACACACUGACCACUGCUUCUCCUCCAGUUGCUGAGUCUGGUAGAGUCCCUUCGUCUGGUCAGGUGUUUGCUGCAGCGUCCAGGUCUGGUCCUGAGUCUGCCCCCUGUUCGUGUCGCCGUCUGUCUCACGAGACCCUCCUCUGGCACCACCGCCUUGGCCACCCCUCUCUGCUUCGGCUCAGAGGCAUGGCCUCCCGUCUUCUUGUGUCUGGUCUCCCCCGGUCCCUCCCUCCCCUUCCUCAGGGCCCUCGCCCUGCCUGUGUCCCCUGUGUCGAGGGGCGCCAGCGUGCUGCCCCUCACUCCUCCCAGUUUCCUCCGACAGAGGCUCCGUUGCAGACGCUUCACAUGGACGUGUGGGGCCCUGCCCGCGUCCGUGGACUCGGUCACGAGCGCUACUUCCUGUUGGUGGUUGACGACUACUCGCGUUACACCACAGUCUUCCCCUUGCGCAGCAAGGGUGAUGUCACUGAGGUGCUGAUCGACUGGAUCCGCGCAGCUCGUCUCCAGCUCAGGCAGAGCUUUGGCUCGGACUUUCCGGUGUUGCGUCGACACUCGGACAGAGGCGGAGAGUUCUCCUCUGGCCUUCUGCGUGCCUACUGUCGUGCGCGAGGCAUCCGCCAGACCUUCACGCUUCCGGACUCACCGCAGCAAAAUGGGAUUGCAGAGCGCCGCAUUGGCAUGGUCAUGGACGUCGCUCGUACGUCUAUGAUGCAUGCGGCUGCCCCCCAUUUUCUGUGGCCGUUUGCGGUCAGGUACGCGGCGCAUCAGAUCAACCUCCACCCCAGGGUCUCUAGGCCGGAGACCUUCCCAGCCUUGCUGUGGACGGGGAAGGCUGGCGAUGCGUCGGCGUUCCGGUUCUACCACCCCACCUCUCGACGUGUUCUGUCCUCCCAGGACGUCACGUUCGACGAGUCGGUACCCUACUACCGCCUCUUCCCCGACCGCACUCCGUCCCUCCCCCCGCCCCCACUCUUCUUGGUACCAAGUCCCCCCCCGGUAGACCCCCUCCCCCCGAAGAGUCCUGCCCCUUCAGCUGUGUCCCAAGUAGACGCGGUCGAGACUGUCGAGGUCACCGGUGACUCUGGUGCUGCUGCGGGAGCUGAGCCUAGGGGUGCUGAGCCUGGAGGUGCUACACUUGGGGGUGCUGAGCCUGGGGGUGCGGAGUCUGGGGGUGCUGAGCCUGGGGGUACUGAGCCUGGGGGUGCUGAGCCUGGGGGUACUGAGUCUGGGGGUGCUGAGCCAGGGGGUGCUGGGCCUGGGGAUGCUGAGACUGGGGGUGCUGAGACUGGGGGUGCUCCGCCUGGAGGUACUUCGUCUCGCCGAGAGCCACUCUCCCCACAGGAGUUGCGUGAGUGGUUUGCCCGACGCUGGAGGCGUGCUGCUGGUGCUGGAGGUUCUUCGGCUGCAGAGGGUGCUGCUGCCGAGCGUCCCGGAGGUGCUCGUACUGUGGGUGCUGGAGCUGCUGGGUCUGAGGGUUCUCCUGGAGCUGGUGCUGCUGAGGGUGUUGGCGCUGAGAGUACCGCUAGCGGUCCGACUGGCAGUGCUCAUGGUGGUGCUGCUGGAGGUUCUGGAGCUACUGGAGGUACUGCUGGAGGUGCUGCUAGAGCGGAUACUCCUACUGGGGUUACUGGUGCUGUCCCUGCUGUUUCUGGCGUAGCCACGCGACCCCGACUGUACUUCGUUCCGCUUCUGCAGCAGUCCCAGCUACAGCCUGCCUCCCCUUUGCCUGCUCCUUCUCCCUACGCUGGUCCGACUGGAGGUCUUACUGAGCGUCGUGAGCCUGCGUCUCGUCCUGCGUCGCGUGUUCGUACUGCGCGCACUAGUGGUCGCGGUUCUCGUCAGCGUCCACCUCCUGUCCCUGGCACGCACCGGAUGUCUCUGCGUCCGUCCACUGCUCCUCUGCGUGCCCCUUUGCCUUCUCCUCCUGCUUCCUCUCUUCCUGCUCUUGCCGACCCUGAGUCGGACUCUCUUCGUGCUGCCAGUCCUACUGUCACGCGUCUCCUUGCUACUGCUGUCACUGACCCUUCUUUCGAGUCUUCUGCUGCGUCUGCCCUUGUCACUGAGCUCGUCGACUUUGCUGCGCGCUAUCGUCUAGACUACGCUGCUAGUCUUGUCGCUGAGUCUGAGUCUGCCUGUCCUCCGUCCGUCGGGGGUGAGUGUGCCCUUGGCACGGACGUCCUUGAGGACAGGCAGGAGGAGUUCCAGUGUCUGGCCGCCGCUUCACCUCAUCUCGCGUCUGUACUGCUAGCCCCUGAGGGAGACCCGGAUGCACUUGACAUCCCGACUCCGCGCUCUUACGCGGAGGCGAUAGAGGGUCCCUACUCCUCUCAGUGGCAGGCAGCUAUGGAUGCAGAGAUGGCUUCCUGGAAGUCCACAGGCACCUACGUUGACGCUGUUCCCCCUCCUGGGGCGAACAUAGUCAGUGGCAUGUGGAUCUUCAGGGUGAAGCGGCCACCGGGUUCUCCGCCUGUCUUCAAGGCGCGUUACGUGGCUCGUGGCUUCAGUCAGCGGCAAGGGGUUGACUACUUUCAGACCUUCUCCCCCACCCUGAAGAUGACCACUCUUCGGGUACUGCUGCACGUUGCUGCUCACCGUGACUACGAGCUGCACUCUCUUGACUUCAGCACUGCUUUCUUGCAGGGCAGCCUGCACGAGGAGAUCUGGCUGCGUCGCCCACCUGGCUUCGCUGGGUCUUUCCCUCCUGGUACCCAGUGGAGUCUCCGGCGUCCAGUCUACGGUCUCCGCCAGGCGCCACGUGAGUGGCACGACACACUGAGGACUACGCUGGCGGCACUUGGGUUUGCUCCUUCUACUCCCGACCCGUCGCUGUUUCUUCGCACCGACACCUCUCUGCCGCCGUUCUACAUCCUCGUGUACGUCGACGACUUGGUCUUUGCCACAGCUGACACUGCUGGACUCGCCUACGUGAAGUCCGAGCUCAUUCUCGCACGCUAUGUUGCUCCUGGGAGACACCGACCAGAGCACAUGGCUGCAGCGAAGAGGGUGUUGCGCUACUUGUGCAGUACGUCGGGCAUGGGGCUAGUGCUUGGAGGGCGCAGUCCAGUGGUCCUCACUGGGCACGCGGACGCUUCUUGGGCUGACGACCAGGCUACGCAGCGGUCGUCACAGGGUUACACCUUCAGCCUUGGUUCCGGCUCUGUUUCGUGGCGGGCUACCCGCUCGUCUUCUGUUCUCGGCUCCAGUUGUGAGGCUGAGAUCUACGCUGGGGCUAUGGCUGCACAGGAGUUACGCUGGCUCACCUACCUGCUGUCCGACCUUGGAGAGCCGCCUCGUUCUCCUCCAGUCCUGUACGUAGACAACAAGGCCAUGCUGGCCUUGUGUCGAGAGCAGCGACUGGAGCACAGGACAAAGCACAUUGCUCUCCGCUACUUUCUUGCUCGUGAGCUACAGCAGCGUGGACAGUUGCGACUUGCGUACGUGGCCUCUGAGGCCAACACUGCUGAUGUCUUCACCAAGGCACUUGCGCCUUGUGAUCAUCAGCGUUGUUGCACGCAGCUGGGUCUUGUGCCUGUCUUGCCUCACUUGCUCACUUCUUGA